AUGUCUUUCAUCAUUUAUGCUUCCUUUUCUCCCUAUACAUUUUCAUUUCAAUAUUUGUUGUUGUUGUUAUUGGUCUUCUUCUUCUUCUUCUUCUUCUUCUUCUUCUUCUUCUUCUUCUUAUUCUUUCUUUUUCUUCUUCUUCUUCUUCUUUUAAGUUCUCUUCUUUCUUCCCCUUCCUCCUCCUUUUUCCAUCACCAUCAGCACUAUCAUCAUGAACUUCAUCAACUCGUUCUUCAUCUCCUCCCGAUUCUUCUACGCGCACCAUCAAAAAAAAAAAAACUUCAUCAUCUCGUUCUUCAUGUCUUCCCGAUUCUUCUACCCUUUUCACUUUGUUCUUUUUCUUCCUUUUCCUUUCGUCGUCGUCGUCGUCAUCAUCAUCAUCAUCAUCAUCAUCAUCAUCAUCAUCAUCAUCAAAGUCUUCUUCUUCUUUCCAUUUCUCUUUUUCUUUUUCUUCCUCUAUCAUCAUCAUCAUCAUCAUCAUCAUCAUCAUCAUCACCGCUUUUCUCUUUAUCCUUUAUCAUCUACCCUGUUGACUUCUUUCUUUUUCUUCUUCUUUUUCUUUCGUUAUCAUCGACGCCGUCAUCAUCACCGCCAUCAUCAACGUCUUCUUCUUCUUCUUCUUCUUCUUCUUCUUCUUCUUCUUCUUCUUCUUCUUCUAUCAGUUAA